AUGCCGCCCCGCAAACCCAAACCCAAACCCCCCAACUCCCUCUCCCCUUCCCCCACCCCCAACUCCCCCACCACCCCCUCCUCCCCCUCCCCCUCCUCCCCCUCAACGCAAUUCAUCUCCCUCUCCGACGACGACAUCAACCUCUGGGACGCCCUCUGCAUCGUCGGCGAGUCCGCGAAGCACUUUAAAGUCAAAUGGGCUGGGACGGACCCCGCGACGGGAAAGCCGUGGGCGGACAGCUGGGUGGCGAAACACGAUGUGACGCCGGAUAUGGUGGGGGUGUGGAGGGAGGGACAUCCGAAGGGGGGGAGUGGGAGUGUGUCGACUUCAGGUAGACGGGGGUCGAAACAACAGUCUACGACGACGACGACGAGGACGGCUAGUAAAAGUAGAAGUACAGCUACAGCUAAACCUCGUGGUGUAUCCUCCGUCUCCACCACAAAUUCCAACUCCAACUCCAACAACUCCAAAUCAACAAACUCCAAAUUCACCACAAACUCAAACUCCACCACAAACCCAAACUCAAACUCCAACUCCAACUCCAAAUCCCCCUCGAAAUACAUCUCCCGUCCCCUCUCUGAUAUCUCCAAACGCGAAUUCUUAUUCGACGGUGGGGUGUACGACGAGCCGCCGUCUGCUGGGCCUUCCAAGUUACCACAUCCACCUCCACUGCAACGACCGCAACCGCAACAUCCACCGCAACCUCCACGUCUACCGCAGCAGCAGCAGCAGCGGUCUAAGAAACGUAAACGCCUACACUCCCACUCCCCAGAACCCGAACCCGAACCAGAACCAGUCGAAAUGGAAAUGGACCUGGACUUGGACCCUGGAAUGGACGAAUCAGUGUCGAUGUCGAUGCGGACCGCGCGUCCACCUCCUCCGAAGAAGAGGCAGAAGAUACAGAGGAGAGAGGAGAGAGAGGAGAUGCAGAUAAGACAGAAGAAAGAGAUAAAACAGAAGAGAGAGGAGAAAGAGAUAAAACAGAAGAUAAAACAGGAGAAGGCGAAAGCGAAAGGAAAAGGAAAAACAAAAGCCAAGUCGAGAGUGGUAUCCGAUUCUGAAGAAGAAGAAGUUUCCGAUGAACACGACGACGAGGAGGAGGACGAGGACGAGGAGGAGAUUAUUUCCACUUUGAUGAUACCCCCGUCGACUACUUUGAUGCCCACGUCGACAACAACGUCGGGGGUUCGUCAGACUCGGGUUAAACCUCGCACCGAUACCCCCUCGACCCCCCGACCGAAGUUCAACAGCGGGUAUGUGUUGAUCGCGUCUACGACUAAGACGACGACGAAGGAGACGAAAGGGAAAGAGAAAGAGAGAGAGAAAGACGAUGAUAUCGAUACCGCGAAACAAACGAGGAAACGCUCUUCGGAUAAGAACAAGAACAAGGACAAGAACAAGGAUAAGAAUAAGGAUAAGAAUAAGGACAAGGAUAAGGAUUUUAAAAAUAAACACGGUGUUGAUGAUUCCGACAUAGAAACGCACACAGAGGAGAUGCUCAAAUCCCAAAGAGCGCGUAUGCGGCGGCAGGUGUCGUAUAAGAGUACUGCUACUGCUACUUCUGGUGGGGGUGGUGGUGGUGCUUCUGGGGGUGGGGGUGCUACUUCUGCUACUGGGGGUGCUGGUGGAGGUGGUGCUGCGUCUGAUUCUAAGACUAGUGCUACUAUUACUGCUCCUGCUACCACCACAACCACCACCGCUCGGGCACAACAACAACAACAACAACAACAACGGACGACGGAAAGGAAACACAAAGCGAAGAAUUUCAAACAUCUUUAUUCAUCCUCCUCCUCUUCCUCUUCCUCUUCCUCUUCGGAGACCAAUCCUCUAUUAUCCCCUGAGGAGAAUCCCGACCUCCUCCCCUCCGAUCUCCACGAUCCCGACGACCCCCACGACCCCGACGACCCCGCCGAUAACGACGAUCCGCACGAUCCCGAUGGUCCGCACGAUCCGCACGAUCCUCACGAUCCCGACGCUCCAGAGUACCCCGCGUACCGCACCACCGCGCGGCAACGCAUGGGUGGAGGUUGGAAGGUGGAGGUUGGAGGCAAAGGGGAAGGCACAGGCAAGGACGGGGACGAGGACGAGGACGAGGAUGACGAGGGAAAUAAGGGAGAGAAGGGGAAGGGGAAGGAAGAGAAGGGAGAGAACGGCAAGGGAAAGGAAAAGAACAAGGGAAAAGAAAAAGAAAAACCUGUCGUCCAAACAAUGACAACGCGUAAAAAGAAACCGUACGCGAAGAAGACUGCUGCUGGGACUGGGAUUGGGAGUGGGAGUGGGAGUGUCAAUCUUAAUUCUGCUUCUGCUUCGGGUCCUGGUUUUGGUUCUGGUUCCAAUCUCAAUUCUGCUUUUGCUUCGGGUCCUGCUUUUGCUUUUGCUUUGGGCUCUGGUCCUGCUUCCGGCUCUGGUCCUACUUCCAAAUUCCCAAAAACCCCCAGUUUCAUACUCAACCCCGACUCCCCCUUAGCUCAGAUCAACACGACCCAGAUCAAUACGACCAACAUCAAUACGACCAACAUCAAUACGACCAACAUCAAUACGACCAACAUCAGUACGACCAACAUCAAUACGACCAAGACGAAUACGAGUCCCCGCUCGUCUUCGACCUCGAAACGCCCCGUGGUAUCAGGUGCAGUAGCUGUAGCUGCUGCUAUUAAUUCUGCAUCGUCGAAGUCGUCGUUGUUGUCGUUGUCGUUGUCGUCGUUGUCGAAGUCGGCACUCCCCCAUCAACCCCAUCAGCCCCCUCUCCAACUCCACCCCCAACCCCAUCUCCACCCCGUCAAUUCCAAACCCAUCAACCUCAACCUCAACCUCGACGACAACGUCAACGACAACGUCAACCUCAACACCACCCCCCUCCGUCCCACUUCCCCGAUAUUAUCCCCCGGUGCCCUCGCGAGGCUGGAGGAGUUUGAUCGGUUCGUUGCUGGGUUGGGGGACGACGGAUUUGGUGCUACUGCUGUUGAUGGUGUUACUGCUGUUAUUGAUGGGGGUGUGGAUGCGGAUGCGGAUGUACACGGGGAUGCUGAUGCGGAAAAAAGGAGCAAAGAUCCUCUUCCUCUUCCACACCCUCCUGCUCCUCCUCCCCACCAUAAAACCGCCGCCGCAGACUACAGCGCGGACGACCUAUCCAUCGUCCCGGAGACGGAGGCGGGGGGUUCACAGUCGAUUUCGGUUUCGAUGUCUCAGGCUCUGUCGUUGUCUCAGUCGCAGGAGUUAUCGCAGGCUCAGGAGUUAUCGCAGUCUCAGUCCCAGUCGCAGGCUCAGCCGUUGUCGCAGUCUCAGCCGUUAUCUGAGUCACACGUUGCACGGCUCGGACAGAGUCCGUCGGUUCCCCUUCUUCCCCUUCUUCCUCCUACUCCUCCUACUCCUCCUAUUCCUCCUAUUCCUCCUCGUACACGUUCUGCUUCGGGUUCACCAAUCAAAAACGGAAUGAAACCGAAACCGAAACCGAACCCUCUGGGGAGUACGAGUGCGAAUUCCAAAGCGAACCUGGAUAUGGAUAUGGAAAUUGAUCCUUCACCUCCUUCUCCCCCUCCCCAUUCCCAUUCCCCUGCCCCCACUCCCCUCAAUCCUCCCCCCAAUCCUCCCGUUCCCGUUCCCGUUCCAGGUCCCCCUCCAACCCCACCAAAUCCCCUCAAACCACACACCCUCCAACCCCGGAAACUGAAACCCCUCGGUCCGAUCCCCGUGGUGACUCCGUCGAGGUUUUAUCCGCAUCUUGGUUCUCGUCCUUCUCGUCGUUCUGGGUCUGGUUCGGGUUCGGGUUCGGGGUCUCGUGAGGGGGAGGGUGAAAAGGAGGGGGAGGGUGAGAGGGAGGGUGAGAGGGAGGGGAAGGGUGAAAGGGAAAGGGAGAGGGAGGGGUCUGCUGGAGACGAUACGAUCGAGACGUGGCCGUCGCCUGUGAAACCUGGGAAACCUGAACCUAGGACACCUGGGAAGUCUGGGAAGUCUGGGAAACCUGAACUUGUGAAACCUGGGAAGUCUGGGAAGGGAUCCUUGGUCUCCGCUACACUACAAACGGCGAAAGGGAAGGAUAAAGAGCUUCUUCCUCUCAUGGACACCACAAACCCAACGGAUGCUGUUCGUUCCCCUCUUCUCGGUCCUUCCCCGAAAAUCACCUCCAAUUCUCCCAACUCCCCCAACCCCCCCAAUUACCCCACCACCUCCAACACCACCAAUUCUCCCAACCCCCUCUCCCUCUCCCCUUCUCCUAACCCCCCCAACCCCCUCUCCCUCUCCCUCUCCCUCUCCCCCACCACCCCAAAAACCAAUCCCCCCUCCCCUAAUAACCCCACCACCCUCAACUCCCCCACCCCCCCAAAAACCACCUCCCAUCCCACCACCACCCUCUCCCUCUCCCAAUCCAGCGACGCCCUCUCUUACCAAGUCCGCACCCGGGGCGCCGAGAUGGCCGAGGCACGCCGGAGGGAGCGAAGGCUGGAGUUGGGGAUGGGUGAGGAGGCGCCGAGGAGGAGGUUGGAGGAGAUUAUUAGUAGGGGAGGUGGGGGUGGGGGUAAGGAAGGGGGUAAGAGUGUAAAUGCGGAUACGAAUGCAAGUGUAAAUGCGGAGGCGAAUACGAAUACGAAUAGUGCUGGUGAAGCCAAGAAUCGGUUCGAAGAUGGACCCGUGGAUAGGGAUAGGGAUAGGGAUAGGGACAGAGAUGGGAAGGGAAGAAGAAAGGGGGUUUGGUCGUCGUUUGGGUUUGAUGAUGACGAAGAGGAACAGGAGGAGUAUGGCGAUGAGCGGGAAGAUCUGGAAGAAGGAGAGGAGGAGGAGAGAGAUUCUAUGCAACUGAGAGUGUCUAGUCCCGCGAAGCCUAUGCUUAUGCCUGUGCCUGGGCCUGGGCCUGUGCAUAUGGAUACGGAUGAAAUGGACAUCGAAAUGGAAAUGGAUGCGGACGUAGAUAUGAAUAUGGAUGUGGAUGCGGAUAUGGAUGCGGAUAUGGAGGUAGAGGAAGGUGAGAUCCGUGAAGAGGAUACCCAGGGGUCGAGGAGAGGGGGUGGGAGUGGGGAUGGUGUUGGUGUUGGUGGUGGUGGUGGAGUGAAAGGUGGGGAAGGUGUGAAAGGUGGUGGGGGGAAAGGUGGUGGUGGUGGGAAAGGUGGUGGUGGGGAAGAACGAGGACAAGAGCGGGAGCAACAACAACAGCACAACGCAGAUACCAACACGGCUAAACAGCACAACGCAGGCGUAGACCCAACCCCAAUCCCAAUCCCAAUCCCAGACCCAAUCCCAGACAAAGACCCAGAAGCAGACAAAGACACCCAUCAAAGCAUAGACGACGACGCUGAUUUCGACGGGAGCAACUUCGAACUCAGAUACCCCGACAGUCCCGCAGAUCCGCAACCGCAACCGCCGCUGUCGUCCAAGAACGACGAGUUUUCUACUUCGAUUGAGAGUACGAAUGUGGAUGUGGAUAAGGAUGUGGGUGUGGAUGUGGAUAAGGAUGUGGAUAAGGAUGUAGAUAGUGCGAAUGUGGAUAAGGAUGUGGAUGUGGAUGUGGAUAAGGAUAAGGAUAAGGAUGUGGAUAAGGAUGUGGAUAAGGAUGUGGAUAAGGAUGUGGAUGUGGAUAAGGAUACGAAGGCGGAUAAGGAUGAUGUGGAUAAGGAUGUGGAUGAUGUGAACCCCCCACAUCCAUCGGAGGACGAGGCGUCUUCCCUCUUGCUGCAAGGGCAGCAGCAGCAGCGACAAGAACAACGAAAAGAACGACAAGAACAGCAAGAACGAAAAGAACGACAGCAGCAGGAGCAAAGCGAACAAAGCGAACUCGAGGCCCUGCGGAGGGAGAGGGACACAUGGAUCAAAGAAAAAGAAACUUUACAAGAAGAAUUACAGAAGACUAUUGCCGAAUCGGCCUCUGCUCUAGCUGCUAAGGAUGUUUUAUAUGCUGAAUUACGGGUCGAGUUCGAACAGAAAACGCACUCUCUGGAGGACGAAAAACACUCUCUCGAACAAGAAAAGCACUCUCUCGAACAACAAAACCAAUCCCUCCAAUCAACCCUCCUCACCACCCAAUCCGACCGCGACUUCUUCCACACCCAAUACACCACCGCCUCCUCCUACACCACCUCUAUCCACUCCCAAAAUCUCCUCCUCCUCCAACGCGCCGAGAUCGCCGAGUCCCAAUCCACCCGCGGGGUCGCGGAGGUGAAAGAGGUGUAUGGGGAGAGACUGAGGAGGGCAGAGGAGGAAGUGAGGGCGUUUUCGAGAGUGGUGGAUUUUAUGAUGCGGAAGGAUGAGAAGACGGAGGGGGUGAGGAGGGAGGCGGGGGAGGCGCCGGAGUUGAGGGCGAGGUGUGGGGAGUUGGAGGGGGAGAGGGGGAGGUUGGAGGAUAGGAUCGGACAGUUGGAGAGGGAGAGAGAAGAGAGGGAUGAUAAAGUCGUACAUCUGGAAGAUAAAAUCCUACACUUGGAAAGAGAAAGAGAACAGAGGGAAGAAGAGUGGAGGAGGGAAGUUGGGAAGAUUAAACAGAGGAUCGGGAUCGGGAUCGGGAUUGGGGGUGGGAUUGGGGGUGGGAUUGGGGGUGGGGGUGAUGUUGGUAUGGGGGGUGGGAUUGGUAUGGGGGGUGAUGGAGAUAUGCAUAUGGGGGGUGUCGGUGAUGGGUUGAUUCAUUAUCAUGAUCAUGAGCAUGAGCGUGAUCGUGAUUAUAUUCAGAGUGGGAGUGGUGAUUCUGUUGCCCCUGUCGACUCCGCUGCUGGUCCUGCUGGUUUCAGUGUUAGUCCUGGCCCUGCUCCUGGCUCUGCUCCUAGUUCCGGUCCUACUCCUGGCCCUGCCGGCCCUAGUUCCACCCCUGCCCCUGCCCCCUCAUCCACCACAAACCCAGACCCGAACCAAAAAGUGUUCAGAUGCGAAUGGAGAGAAGACGAUGGGCCGUGUUUGUUCAUUUGCGAGACGCGAAAGCGAAAUCAAGCCUUGGCACAAGCUGGCACAAGUUACAACAAAAAAUCCUCACUGUUCAGUACUUCAGUAUCUCAGUAUCUCAGUUCUCCUACUGCUAUUGACGGUACUGCUAUCGACGGUACUGCUAUCGACGCUACUGCUAUCGACGGUCAAAACACCGGGGGAACAGAGUGAGAACACGCGAUUCAAGGAGGAGAUUCAAGUGCAACAAACUAAUCGCAGCAAAAAAAAAAAAUUUCAACCAUCUGGAUCCGAGUCCUCCGAUGUUAUUUUUCCUGUUUUCUUCGAUAAAUCAAGAGAAUUGGUAUACUAUAUGGUGGCGCCUGGUGGCGCUCAAAGUCAG